AUUUGAGUUCCGCAUCCGAACGCAGCAGCAGUAAUAUGUCCUCGUGCUUCAAGAUGAGUUCGUGUGCCGUCAUGUACUUGGCUGUCUCACUGGCGUGCUUCUUCAUCAUUGCCACCCCAUCGACACCGAGCGCCGAUGUCUCAGCAGAGAGAGCGCAGAUGAUACGGGAGUUCCUGGAUGGCCACAAUGCGGCAAGGAAGGCGGUUGGAGUGCCGCCGCUCGCAUGGGACACGUCCCUCUCCACUUAUGCACGGGUGUAUGCGAACCAGAGGCGGGCGGACUGCAGGCUGGUGCACUCGCCGGGGUAUGCGUUCGGGGAGAACCUGUUCUGGGGGCAAGGGCGGCGGUGGAGUGCCGCAGAGGCCACGGCGGAGUGGGUGGCGGAGAAGCAGUGGUACCACUACGCCAACAACUCUUGCUCGGGCCAGGAGUGCACGCACUACACGCAGGUGGUGUGGCGGACGACAAUCCGCGUGGGCUGCUCCAAGAUCAUAUGCAACUCCAGCGACACUUUCAUAGCGUGCGAGUAUUACCCUCCGGGCAACUACAUCGGCCAGAGGCCUUAUUAAGCAUCAGCACGCACAGCUUAUAAAUCCUCAUUUUUUAUCCAUCUCUGUACCUAUACAAUAAACUGUUGUCUUAUGAUUCUUAAUAAAGUGCACUGUAAUUAAUGCAAUAACUCCUCACAUCGAGAUUAUGUCAUUUAAAUUA